AUGGACGCCGCGACGCGCCGCGCCGCCGCGGCGGACGCGACCGCCGCCUCGCGCGCCCACCCUCACCCCGCUCCUCCAAUCGCGCUCGACGUCGCCGCGUUCGAUCGCUCGUCGCUGACCGUCUACCUCAACGACGCGCUCACGCUCGUGUUCGAGAACCGCCCGGAAGAUCCGAUCGCGUUCUGCGCCGAUUACCUUCGACGCGUCCUCAGCGGCGCCGGGCCGGUGCCGCGCGCGUACCAGUUCCUCACGCUGUGCCCGCAUCACAGGACGGCGUUCAUAGACAACGCGGUCGUCGCGUUCGGGGUGCUGGAGAAGGAGCGCGGCGGCGUCAGCGCGGGAGACGCGAAGGCGGUGAUGCAAAUGCUGUGCGCGGAUUUCCCGCGGGAGGUCGCGGUCGCGGUGCUGCGAGCGUUGGGGAGGGGGGACGACGACGACGCGGAGGACGUGGACUUUUUCGAGUUCCUCGGCGGCGUGCGCGCGUGCUUGGCGUUCGAGGAGGCGCUGGGGGAGGUGGAGAGGGCGUUCGCGAUGUACGGCGCCGCGGACGGCGACGACGCAGCCGGCGGCGGCGACGGCGGCGAAAAUGAAAACGAAAACGAAAACGUCGUCGACGCGCGCGACGACUCCCGGACGGUGCCCAAGUCCACGCUUCGCGACGUUCUCCGACGCGUCGGCGAAGACGUCGGAAAGCGCGGGGAUAAGCGAUGGGACGAUUUCCGAGCGCUGUCGACGCGCGUCGUCGACGCGAUACCCGGGACACGGGUGACGUUUUCGCGGUUCGCGACGGCGGUGUUUCGGGCGAUGGCGCCGUCGCCGUCGCCCGCGAGCGGCGGCGGCGGCGGGGUCUGGGACGCGCUCGCGUAG